AUGGCUAGGCACGGGGACACUCGCUCACCAUCACCUGCAGGCAGUUCUUAUUCCUCGUCAAAACGCAGCCGAAGAGAUGAGGAUCGCCACGAGAGAAGUCGAAGAGAUGAUGAUCGUGACCGCGACCGCGAUCGAGGCCAUCGGAGGAGACACUCCAGAUCUCGGAGUCCUGAUCGACGCCACCGUGAUCGCGACAGAGAUCGUGAGCGAGAUCGUGAUGCCUACCGUCGCCGAGACCGUUCCUUAGACCGACGCUAUGAUGGCCGAAAGGACGACGACUACUACUAUUCUAAAAGAGACAGAGACAGGGAAAGGUCACGAGAGCGUGAACGACGACGCUCACGAGAUAGGGACGAUCGUCGCCGGAGCCGAGACCGAGAUGGUCGCUCGAGGCGUGACGACUCCCGCGACAAGGAUCGCCGCCUGAGAGAGGAGUCUACUGAAUCUAGAAAACGGAAGCGUGACGAUAGCUGGGAUCGUGGGUCGAGGCGAGAAUCGGGCAAUGUUUCAAAAGAUGCGUCGAAGCCAUCCACUCCCAAUCCACAGACGGCGGAAGACCAGAAAGCGGCACGUCUCGCAAAACUAGAACAGUGGAAAAAGAAACAAGCUGAAGAACAAGCCAGAAAACAAAAAGAGCUCGAGGCGGCCGGAGGAGCACGGAGUAUAUUGCAGGAGAUUGACAGAAAAGCAGGCAUGUUGCCCGCAGUGAGUUCUCCGCAGUCCCCUGCAGCCCCCAGUUCGCCAUCACCAGUUUCGACGCCGUACGCUGGCAAAUUCGAUCCUAAAGCCAUCGUGAAGAAGGCCCAGCAUGCGUCGGCCGCCACCAAGAUCCUCGGGGGCGAUGUCGCUCCCCCGACGUUGACUAAUGGCCAUGUCAAGGCCUCGCAGCCUUCUCCGAAACCAGCGGCAAAUGGCUUCCCUUCUUCAAACGCGCUAAAAGCGACAGGCACUGUCGGAAAAUUCGGACUGGGUAGCAGAACGACCCUGGACAACGAAGUGGCCAAGAAAGGUCUGGAUUUUGCCGACGAUGAGGACACCAAGAAGAAACUGGAGAAGCUUCCCAACAUGGUCUUGGAACAAGACACAAGUGUUGAUGAUGCUCAGCCGGAUGGAGCCGACGAUGGCGAUAAUGAUGUCGAUAUGCAGGAAGAAGAUGGAGAGGAAGAAGCGCAAGCCAUGGCCGCCGCACGAGCUGCUGCAGAGCAACGGAGUCAAGCAGAGCGAGGAGAAGACACCGCCAUGGCCGACGUAUCUGCUCCACUGCCCACCACUAUGACAAACGAAGAAGAGGAAGAAGUUGAUCCCUUGGAUGCGUUCAUGCAAGAUUUGCAGCCUGUCUCAACUGCCCGGUUCUUCAAUCAGAAGACAACAUCCAAGUCACGCCAACAAGAACCCGAGGCUCUUUUUGGAGAUGACGAAGUUGACAUGACAGCGGUCGACGACGAACAUCCUGACAAUAUCUUGUCACUGGCGAGUGCCACUGCGAAGAAGAAGAAGAAGGACAUCCCGACUGUCAACCAUGCCAAAAUACAGUACCAGCCGUUCAGGCGCAACUUCUACUCGGAGCCCGUGGAGAUGGCUGAUUGGACGGAAGAGGACGUAGCAAAUUUGCGAAUGGAACUGGACAACAUCAAAGUCCGAGGGGUGGAUGUUCCGAAGCCGGUCCAAAAGUGGGCGCAAUGUGGGCUGGGAGUCCAAGUUCUAGAGGUCAUUCAGAAACUCGGCUACGAAGCACCGACCAGCAUUCAAGCUCAAGCCAUCCCAGCUAUCAUGUCCGGCCGCGAUGUUAUCGGCGUGGCGAAAACAGGGUCAGGGAAGACCAUUGCUUUUCUCCUCCCCAUGUUCCGACAUAUCAAGGAUCAGCCUCCUUUGGAGCCUCUGGAUGGACCGAUCGGCCUAAUCCUAAGUCCUACCAGAGAGCUUGCUACACAGAUCCACAAAGAGUGCAAGCCUUUCCUCAAGGCUCUUGGUCUGAGAGCAGUCUGCGCCUACGGGGGAGCACCGAUCAAGGACCAAAUCGCCGACUUGAAGCGUGGAGCGGAAAUCGUUGUCUGCACUCCUGGCAGAAUGAUUGAUCUUCUUGCAGCCAACAGUGGGCGAGUGACGAAUCUGAAACGUGUCACAUAUGUGGUCCUUGAUGAAGCCGAUCGGAUGUUCGACAUGGGAUUCGAGCCCCAAGUGAUGAAAAUUCUCUCCAACAUCCGACCGGACCGCCAGACCGUUCUCUUCUCCGCGACUUUCCCGCGCCAGAUGGAAGCGCUGGCAAGGAAAACCCUGACCAAGCCUGUCGAGAUUGUUGUUGGUGGCCGCAGUGUUGUGGCGCCGGAGAUUACUCAAAUUGUCGAAGUUCGCGAAGAGAGCACCAAGUUUAUCCGGUUGCUUGAGCUUCUGGGCAAGCUAUACGAAGACGAGAAGAACGAAGACGAUCGGGUACUCAUUUUCGUUGAUCGACAAGAGGCAGCUGAUGGUCUCCUCCGAGAUUUGAUGAAAAAAGGUUACCCCUGCAUGUCGAUACAUGGCGGGAAAGAUCAAAUCGAUCGGGAUUCGACAAUCGAUGAUUUCAAGGCGGGUGUCGUGCCCAUCCUCAUUGCGACCUCUGUUGCUGCCCGGGGUCUUGACGUGAAACAGUUGAAACUGGUGGUCAACUACGACGCGCCUAAUCAUCUGGAAGACUACGUACAUCGUGCUGGACGCACGGGCAGAGCCGGCAACACAGGGACAGCGGUGACCUUCAUCACUCCCGAGCAAGACAGGUAUGCUGUUGAUAUUGCCAAGGCUUUGAAGCAAAGUGGGCAGCCGAUUCCGGAGGAUGUCCAAAAACUUGUCGACUUCUUUAUGGAGAAGGUCAAAGCUGGCAAAGAGAAAGCCGGAGCCUCCGGAUUCGGUGGCAAAGGGCUUGAACGCCUCGAUCAAGAGCGUGACGCCGCCAAGGCGCGAGAACGCAAGACGUUCAAGACCGGCGAAGAAGGUGAGGAGCAGGAGGAGAAAGAAGACGGCAAAGACGUCAAGGUUGGGGAUGAUCUGUUCGCCAAAGCCGCCUCAAGCGUCAAGCCGUUCGAAGGAGGUGCCAGUCUAGUCGGCGUGCCCAAGGGGAUCGACCUGGACGGCAAGAUCACCGUCCACAGGACCGAGCGUGAACCUGCCGGAUCCAAAUCUGGCGGGGCGCAGAACCAAAUGGACAAGGUCGCGGCAGCUGUGGGUGCGAUCAAUGAGAAACUCUCCAAAGCAGGCGUCAUGCGGUCUGGUGUGCCCAUUGACAACAAGGGUCCUGAUGCUGGUGCAUUCCAUGCAACGCUGGAGAUCAAUGACUUUCCUCAAAAAGCACGGUGGGCGGUCACGAACCGGACGAACGUGGCUAAGAUCCUUGAAGCGACUGGCACGUCUAUUACUACCAAAGGAUCCUUCUAUCCUACGGGCAAAGAGCCUGGGCCGGGCGAGAAUCCCAAGUUAUACAUCCUUGUGGAGGGUGACACCGAGGUAGUGGUGCACGACGCCAUGAGAGAGUUGAUGCGGCUGUUGAAGGAGGGCACCAUGAGCGCGGCUGAUGCGGCCGAGAGAACAGGAGGGAGGUAUUCGGUGUUGUAA